GUUUUCCACUAGAAAGAACGUGUAUUUGGGUUGAGUUAUCUCUAUGAACUUAAUAUUGAUAGCAUUGUCUUUAUCAUUUCUGACGAAUACAAAUAGUUUCUAAAUGAAAUAUUAUACGUAUUGGAAAAUGGAAAUUAACUGAAUACGAGGAUGAGCUCAACUUGGGUCGACAAGAAGGCAGUGGUUGCCAUAGAUUUUGGGACAACCUUUUCCGGUUAUGCCUACUCACUCUCCGGCGACUACGGCGGCGAUGGAAAAACUGAGAAGAUUUAUACCUCCUUGUGGCAUCCUGGAAGCGGUCCAGGCAUGACUAAAACCCCAACAGUGUUACUUCUGAAGCCUGACAAAAGCUUUAUGGCGUUUGGUUUUGAUGCGGAAACGCGUUUUGCAGAGUUGGCUGAGGAUGACGACAUUGAUGAAAGCCAAUACCACUAUUUCAAACAUUUUAAAAUGGAGUUAUAUUCAGACCAGAAGUGCAAGUCUAACAAUUUUCUUGGAGAAAUCAAGGACCAGAAAGGGCGGAAAUUCAGAGCUGUUGACAUAUUUGCAAAAUCGAUUGAGUACAUGAAAAUCAAAGCCUACGAAACAGUUCACAAGACAACCGCAGUCAGAGAACAAGAUGUUUAUUUUGUGCUUACGUGUCCGGCUAUUUGGUCAGAUUGGUCAAAGCAAUUUAUGAGGGAGGCUGCCGAAAAGGCUGGAAUUUCUCACGAUCAUUUGAGAAUUGCUUUGGAACCCGGGUGUGCGGCUGUUUAUAUGCACACAAAUAAGCUUCCAACGCUAAGUGCAUCGUCCAGAGAGCUGUUUCCCAUGGCUGAAGGAGAUUGCUACUUUAUUCUGGAUAUGGGAGGUGGUACUAUUGACAUAGCGGUGCACAAGAUCAACCGGCAGGGGAAGUUUGAGGAAAUAAUGCAUCCACACGGUGGUCCUUGGGGUGGCAUAAACAUCAACCUGAAAUUUGAACAAGCGCUCGUAGCAGUAUCAGGCGCGGCAACGUUUGAGCGAUUUCGGACAGAAUUUACAAACGACUAUCUUGAUUUGAUGAGAGAUUUCGAGUUAAAGAAACUUGCAUUUCCCAGCGAAAGUUCAAAUGUGGUUACCAUGAAGAUUCCACCAACUUACAUUGAGUGCCACACGAAAGAAAACGGUGAAGAAUUUUCAACGAGUUUACUGGAUUUAGCAUCGACAACAAUAUUAGCUGGGUCAACUUUUAGAUAUGGCAAAAUCAAAAUACCCAACGAAAGAUUUGAAAUGUUCUUUCAUGACACUUUUAAACAUAUUAUUGACAACGUGGGCCUGCUACUAGAACGAUUACGUCAGAGGCACAACGUGAAGACAAUAUUUUGUGUUGGUGGAUUUUCGGACUGCAAGCUGCUGUCAAAGAAAAUCAUAGAUACGUUUGCCGACAAAACGGUCAUCAUUCCCCCUGAAGCCGUCGGUGCAAUAAUGAAAGGGGCAAUUAUCUAUGGCCGUGAUGAAAGAAUCAUCCAGUCAAGAAUUAGCAAGUUCACAUAUGGGCUUGACUGGAACGAAGAUUAUGACCCAAAUAAGCACCCUGUUAGCAAGAAAGAAACAACAGAGGAUGGAGAAAUGUGCAAAGACAUUUUUCUGACCAUAGCUAAAAAAGGUGACUCCGUCCCGACCGACAGCCCGACAAAAUGUCUCGAGUCUUAUGUGAAAACAAGUACGCAGAGGGCCAUGGAAUUUCCCUUCUACCGUACCGACAAAAAAACACCACCGAGGUUCAUCGAUGACCCAGAUUGUAUUUUGGUUGGAUCCAUGUCGGUACCAAUACCUGACAUCGAAAAAGGCUUAGACAGAUGCGUGAAACUGGAGAUUUAUUUUGGGGCUACAGAGUUUACGGCCAUUGCGCGAGUCAACGGAGGCGCUACGCAUGAAGUCACAUUUAACCUUGAGGAAACACAGGUUUGAAUGCGUUACCGGAUCAACACAAUGCAAGAUAGCAACUGCAAGAAGUCAUUUUUAUGAUGUUUUGUUUGAUCUCCCGAACACUAGACAUACAUUGAUUAAUGCUUUAUUGAAUAAAUCCGUCCAAUGGGA